GUUCAGUUUACUUUAUGACUAGUUACAAAGAUCGCCAGGUCAAUGUAUAAACAUGGCAGGUCGAGAAACAAUGAAAGGCCAACGCAAUUACAGCAAUUUAACCAAAGAUCAGCUAAUAUCUCACAUACUCCAGUUAGAGUCAGGAUUUCAAGACUUUUCGACGCAAUCAUCCCAGGUGGAGGAUUUGUUGCAGCAGCAGUUAAACUCUUGUCUACAGCAACUAGAAGAAAAGGACAACACAAUCCGAGAGAUGUCUACGCAACUUGAUAAGCUUGAGUCCACGCAAAUGCAAAUCACUGCACUGGAGACUGACAACGACUUGUUGGAGUCAACAAUCAGAAACGUGAGAGCACAACUAAAAUGUGAGGUCGAGCGACAUAACGAAUGUAUUGAAAAGAUAGCAUUUCUGGAAAGUGAACUGGAAUGGUUUAAGACCGCAUUGAAACCCAACAAAGAGCCCAAAACCCAUGCAGCAAGUACUAGUGAUGGAUUUACAGAUACCACGGGAACGGAAAAUUAUAUAAACAAAGGUGAAGAUGGUGGAGAAGCCAAAGAUUUGUGGCUGCGAGACUGGAAAAAGAAGGAAGAAUCGUGGACAGAUAAAAUAAACUUGUUGCAAAGUCAACUCGACGAGCUGAGCAAAUCAAAAGCUGAGCUAGAAAACAAGCUCCUGCAACAGCUUGGUACAGAGAAGCAGCCUGGCAUCACGGAUGAUCGUUUCAGUCAGCACUUGGAGAAAGAAUUGCAACAGCUAAUGGAACACCAAGACGAACUGGUCUCCUCUUUACGCCAAAGUGAGCAAGACAAAGAAGUGCUGAAAAACAAACUGAAGUAUCUUCAGAACAAGUACACCAAAGUCAGCCAAAUUUCUGCCAUGGUCAAACUCAGACAACGUGGUUUAGCCAAGGCAUACACAACACCAGCUCUGGAUCCCAUUGCAUAAGCUACAGUAUUAAUCAAAUUAACCCCAUAGCAUUUCAUUGUAUACUAGAUAGGAUUACGUAACUAUUUUGAAAUUUCAUCUCAUCAUAAUAAUAAUAAAAUAUUUUUACUCUAUUCCCA